UGCAAAAACUGGCUUAAUAGAGCAGCGCUAAGACAACGCACGCGCAUCAGGAGCUUUCCUGGCUGCAUUUGUCAUGCUGCACCCCUGAAGCAAGCGAUUUGCGCGAGCGCGAUGCUGCGGCGGCUCGCCGUCACACUGUGCGGCCUGCUCGCCGCGAGGGCGCCUCACUCAGCCCUGCUCGCGCUAACGAUGCCGGGCGCGGGCUACGCGCCGCGCGCGCACGCGCCGCGCGCGCCGACGCCCCGGACGCCGUUCCGCAUGCCGCGCUUGGACGCCGAGCAGCCAAGUAACGACGCGGCCGCGAAGCCGCGGCGGCGGCGGCGCCGCGGCCGGCGGCGCCGCGGCGGCAAGGGCGCGGCCGCCAAAGAAAAGACCGACGUGGUGAUUGGGGGCCCCGCGGCCGCCGGCGCCGCGGCCUCGUGGGCGCGCGGGCGGAGGCGCGACGACGUCAAGCCCAAGCCCGAUGCCACGAAGAAGGAGGAGACGCCCGAGAAGGAGAUGAAGCGCAAGGCGAACCGCGAGGCGGCGCAGCGGCGGCGGCGGCGGAGGCGGCGCGCGGCAGCGGCGAAUCGGACCAAGGUCGAGAAAGUGGCCGUGCAGGACCCGCCCGACGCGCAGAAGCGCUGCGUGUGCGGGUAUUGUGGGGAGGUCUUCGCCAGUCGCUCGAAGUUAUUUAGGCACUUGCGCGAGGCGAACUCGUGCCGAACGAUCGCGCUGUCGCACGGAAUGCCCCUCGAGAACCCCAUCAAGGCCGUCGAACGACGUCUGAGGCGCAGAUACGGCGACUUAUUGUUGGCGGGCUGCAUCGUGCUGCGAGUGAAGCCUGGUUUCAAUCACGACCCUUCCCGAAAGGCCUCGUUCUACAAAUCCCCCCGCGGCCUUUUGUUGAGGAGCCACCAGGACGAGACGGACGAAGUCAGAGACGCGCCCUACGAUGUGGUCGUCGUGCGGGGCACGGAGCUGUGUGGAAAGCAAGCCAUGUUUUCGGCUCCAACUUGGACACGAUCUCCGAGAGAUACACGCGACCGAGUGGAGAGACCACGAAUGGAAGGGCGCUUGAACUUUGGUUUCCGCGCAGGCACCGAAGGCAAGCAGAAGCCGGGCUUUCCGAAAGGAAAAAUCGAACCCGUCGACCGCACGAUCCUGGCGGCGGCGCUGCGGGAGACGUGGGAGGAGGCCGGUCUCGCCGCGAAUCAGUUACGAGCCUUACCGCACGCCGCCGAGGCCGCGGCGAACGCGUCGGCGCGCUUAGAUCAACCGCAACUCUUCUCGGAGGAUGAAACGGUCUUGAUGGAGUCCGACGGGGCAUCCGAGGGCGAGGCCGAGGACGUCGACGAGGACGACCUGAAGUUCGCGUCGGUAGACGUGCGCGAGGUCACGGGGCGGUCGGGCAAGCGCGCGCGCUACUUCGUCUGCGGCCUGCGCGAGAACCCGCCGCGGCCCGUCGAGCUGACGACGCGGCACGACGUCGACGGCGACAUCGCGGACGCGUCCUGGGUCGACGUGAACGCCGCUUUGGUUUUGUUGGAGCGGAAGCGGCGCGCGGCUCUUCGGAGAGCGGUGCUCAUCUACAACGCGGACGAGCGGGGGGCGGCGGCGGCGGGUAAGUAG